AUGUUUCGCGGGCAACCAGGCAUGUGCCUCACGAUUUGACGGUCCUCGGAGAUUCAAUAUAAAUGCAUGCGGGGUAAGUAGUGGCUUUACGCAGUGCCGAUGGGGCAAGUAAUACGAUCCUGGAAGGGAACCGAGAAUUAUAGCACGAUAGAUCGUGGUCGUCGAUUAUCAGCUUACGAGUCGUUCUUAUCUGAUCGAUUUCCUUGUCAGAUUCCUUUGUCUAUAAAGAUACAGCAGAGGACCUCAAGCGUUGAACCAUUAUUGCAUAUUAGUGCUCCGAGUUGUCACGAUGAUGCGCCUUCGUGAUCGUCAGCCACCCUCACGUCGACCCACACAAUAUUCCCCCAUCACAGUUCUUCCUGGCAGGAAGGUAACUUCUACUGGCAGUGCCGCCCGUCGGCAAUCCGUGCAGCGUUUUGGCAGGGUUAUCAACAGAGAUCGCAGAGAACUUGAAAGGGAACGAGACCAAGUUGGAGGUGAAGGUUUUGCCGAUCUCAUCCAUUGGCAAGAUGGAAACGCAAUGAUCACAUUCAAACGAGUGCUUGAUCACCAAAACCCCACAAAUCACAAGACGUCGACAAGAUGUGAACCCUCUGGCCACACAGAGAGGGCAAUGCAUGAUGAUAUCGUGGCACCACGCCGGGGGAUGUGCGGAAAAACGGCCCCUGACGAUUAUGUGAGAAAUUUCCUCAGCUCCUUGCGGCCCAAUUUGGAGGGUAAGAUCCAAGAGUUCAAGACAAUCGGCCUUGAUUCAAAAAACACACUGGAUGCCUUCGUCCAAUGGCAGGCAUCUGAACGGGAGGGCUGGAUUUUCUCUCAGAAUCCGUACCUCCAGCUCACUCCAUUAGAGCUCAGUGGGUUGAUGCUAGGCAUAGAGAGAUUGUCAGAUGGGGGUAACGGGGCAUGAUCACAACUGUAUUUCCCAACAGUCUGUUGCAAGUUCUAUUGCCACAACCUGCAGGAA